AAAUUUUCGAGUUUGCGAAGAUGGCCAAGCCAUGGACUGCGAGCUUCCAACUCAUCAGGCUGUUUUGGUGGGAUAGUGAUCGGAGAUGCCGUGCUGAAGCCUUUAGCCGUUUGGCAGCUGUAAUUUGCGUCCAAGUCUUCCGUGGCAAAGCGCGGAUCUGGCUGUCCCAGAUGAAACGCAAAGAACUACAACAUCUCCUCUCUGGGUCACUGGAGCGGCCGGAGAUACUGCGGACCAUUCUGAAGUACGCUGCAGCUGUUUUUCUUCUCAGCCCCAUCAGCAGGCUGUACUAUCGGCUUUUUCGUGGCUUGCGCUUGCAGUGGGAGCAGCACCUGACAAAGAGUUUUCUAGGCAAAUUCUUAGAAGCACAAUGCUUUGGACACCGCGCAGGGCUUCAAGAUACUCGGGAUAGCUUUGAUCACAGGCACCCAGACCAACGGAUUUCAGCUGAUGUUGGGAAAUUUACCUCGUUGGCAACAACACUAUGGUUGGACGGCUUCCAAGCUGCUGUAGAUUUGUAUUUCUAUUCAGGUUUGCUAAGGACUUUGUCUCCCGCUCUGUCCAAACUUGCUGUCCUCGCAGCUCUUGGCGGUACGUUGAUCACGGGUCAGCUUGGACGAGAUUUGCCAGCUUUAUACUCUGCCGAGCGUGCAUCGGAUGGAGCUUUCACUUACCUGCUGACAAGAAUGAGAGAGAAUGCUGAAUCAAUCCUCUUCUACGGUGGUCAGAGGCAGGAGGUUCAGCUUGCAGAGAAGUCCUUGCAGUUGAGGAGCGACAGUGAGUGGAAUCGGCUUGCAGCGAAAGACGUCGUGCAACUUGUGCAGGAUCAGUACAGGCAGGUGUUGGGGCUUGGUCCUUCCCUUGUCAUGGUGCAGAUGGCAGGUUUGACACAGGACGCUGCACUUUUGAAUCAAGCCAAUGAAGCUUUUGAUGCCGUACUGCGAGCCUUGCUGCUCUUUGCCGACAACUGUUCAGACUUCUCCAGAUUAACAGCAGUUGCAACAGAGCUGUUCACUUACCAUUUAGAGCAGACCCAGGACGACAACAGUGAAAGCAAAAUACUUAUACAAGCUGCCGAUGAGCAUGACAGCUCUUGGCUUGAAGUGCAGGGGCUGACACUGGCUUUCGCGGAUCGCAUUCUUCUGAAAGAUGCGCACUUUUCCGCGCCGAUGCAAGGUGGCUUGCUGAUCUCAGGCCCAAGUGGCAGUGGCAAGACCACUCUCCUGCGAGCGUUGGCAGGACUUUGGCACAGGGGCGUUGGGGAGAUUAAGCGCGAGAUGAAGCCGGGUGCAGUUCUCUUUUUGCCUCAGCGGCCAUACAUGAGCCUGGGGACUCUGCGCCAACAGCUGCUGUAUCCCAACCAAAGAGCAAUUAAGGUUGACGAUUCACAUUUGCAUGAAAUUCUGGUUGCUGUGGGGCUUCAAUCUGUUUUGGAACGCACCAAGGGCGAGCUGGAUGUGGUUCAGAGGUGGGAUGAACAGCUGAGCAUUGGAGAACAGCAACGCCUCAGCGUAGCCAGACUGCUGGUUCACCGGCCAACCUUUGCAUUGGUUGAUGAGGUCACCUCUGCCAAUGAUCCUGCACACGAGGCAAUGGUCUACCAAUGCAUUGCAUCCACAUGCGAAGGCUUUGUUUCCGUGGGCCACCGCAAGAGCCUGGAGGCCUACCAUUCACUGAACCUGAGAUUGGCAGGAAUUGAUGGAAAUUGGGAUUUGUACAAACUUCACUAGUGCAGAGUUGGCUGGUGAGAGGCAUGCCUUGAGAGAGAGGGAAAGAGAGUCGGCACCAGCUGAGAGCAUCCUAGCAGAAA